AUGCCGUCGAAUGAUAUCUCACCCCGUCUCCAAAAUGGCAUCGUACUUGUACUCAACCCAUCCACUUAUAGUUUUGAGCAGCGACAAGCACGGAACGAUACUCAGUCAUCGAUGGACCAGCCACCGGACAAACUUUGCUGGAAUUUUUAUAAGAUGGCAACGUAUGUGCUGAAUGCGGUCUUGAAGAUGCACAGGAGAAAAAGGACGCACAACAAACUCAGCGCAAGGUACUCUCACCGCCAGGAGGCUGAAAGCGACCCAUCAUGCACAUCACCUGAUGUGCAGCCCCAAAACCUUGGAACCUAUAAUAACGACGAAAAUUUGGGAGAGCGGGGAAUUCGGUUGUGGUGUUUUCCCAGCACGGUGGAGAUGUUCAGAGUGUCUAUUAAUACAUUUCUCAAAUCUUUAAUAUUGAAGAAGUCUGAGCGAGUCGCUCCUGAGAAGAAAGCGUCCAAGACUGAAUCUCCGAAGCUGUCCGAAGGCCAUGAAGGGGGAAUUCGGUUGUGGUGUUUUCCCAGCACGGUGGAGAUGUUCAGAGUGUCUAUUAAUACAUUUCUCAAAUCUUUAAUAUUGAAGGAAAAUGCUGGACAAUCUCCUUUCGUUCACGAUUCUCGCGCCAUCAAAAUGCAUAUGGACAAUGAAUUCAACCUUCUGUUCAUCGCUGCCUAUCAAAAUAUCUUGCAGUUGACCUAUGUGGACAAAUUUUUAACUUCCAUAGCACUCGAGUUUAGAGACAAAUACAAAAAUGAGUUGCGCGCGAACAACAUUAUGUGUAAAUUUGACGAACUAGCCGAGAUUUAUACAGAGAAUUUGAAAAGAAUUGAGCGAGAGGACCGUGCUUUGCGUAAAUCUGCUAAACCAAUGCGUACCUUCGAGGAAUCCGAAAAGUCAAAGAAAACGGUGGCCUCCAUGAUCAUAUCAGGACCCAAGAAGUCUGAGCGAGUCGCUCCUGAGAAGAAAGCGUCCAAGACUGAAUCUCCGAAGCUGUCCGAAGGCCAUGAAGUUCAGACGGAUUCUGCCGAGGAUAUGCUGGCCCAGAAGAGGCGAAAGCUCGCAGAGAAGUUGAAAGCCUCAAAGAAACCAAAGGAAUCCACCAGUCCGACUUCAUCACCACUCCAGAAACCUAACGGAAAGCGAAUAAAAGAGAGUCGUCGGUGGGAUAACGCCGCCUCCGGUGAGGAAGCUGCAGCACUGGACUUCAGUAGUCCUAUCGGGGCGGGAGAAAGCAACGGGAAGGCUGAUUAUGUUUUGUCGAAAUCUGAGGCGGCUACGCUGUCGCGCCUCCGUGGUUCAAUGAAGAAUGAAUUAGAUGAGGUCCACGUGUCUUCUGAUGAGGAAGAGGAGUUUGUGAUCGAACCUGCAGAAGUAGCCAAUGAGACAGCCGAGAGUACUGCUCCUAAUUCCAAAGAUAAUGGAGGUGUAAAGGACAACCGCGGAGGUCUUGUAUCCAACUUGCUUAAAGGAUUACGUCUGCCUGGUGGUAAUGGCCGUAUUCUAACCCGCGAAGAUAUUGCCCCAUCUUUGGAGCAACUGCGGGAUCGACUCGUUGCCAAAAAUGUUGCUGUGGAGAUCGCUCAGCGUGUAUGCGAUAGCGUAGCGGAACGUCUUGUAGGUACACCGUUGGGGGCUUUCGAGCGUGUUUACACUCGUGUUCGUACCAGUCUGGAGGAGGUGUGCACUCGUGUACUUGCCUCGGGGCGUCGUGUUGAUGUUCUCCGUGAUGCUUUGGAUGCACGUUCUCAGGGAAAGCCAUAUACUAUAGUUUUUUGUGGCGUGAAUGGUGUUGGAAAAUCUACCAAUUUAGCUAAAAUCGCCUUCUGGUUGAUCGAAAAAAAAUUCCGUGUCUUAAUAGCUGCCUGUGAUACUUUCCGUUCGGGGGCUGUGGAACAAUUGCGGACGCACGUGCACAAAUUGAACUAUAUUCAUCCGCCUGAACAACAUGGGGGACAGAAAAUGGUCGAGCUUUACGAACAAGGCUACGGCCGUGAUGCUGCUUCGAUAGCGCGUUCAGCUAUAAACUAUGCCCGUGAUCGCCAUCUUGAUGUCGUGUUGGUUGAUACUGCUGGUCGUAUGCAAGAUAACGAACCGCUUAUGCGCGCUCUUGCUUCGCUUAUUCAUAUGAACCAGCCUGACUUGGUUUUAUUCGUGGGUGAAGCCCUGGUCGGAAACGAGGCUGUGGAUCAGUUGGUCAAAUUCAACCAGUCGCUCGCCGACCAUAGUAUGGCUGACAAGCCACGCACCAUUGAUGGCAUUGUACUGACCAAGUUCGAUACAAUCGACGACAAGGUGGGUGCGGCUAUUUCUAUGGCCUACAUUUCGUCUCAACCGAUUGUCUUCGUCGGGACCGGACAAACCUAUGCAGAUCUUCGUCAGUUGUCCGUUGGUGCUGUGGUCAAGGCACUGAUGAAGUAGCGUAGCGCCGUCAUGUGCUGCAUGCAUACACUUUCGCUCGCGUUGUUUCACGACCUCGAAUAUUUGCCCCAUUCUCUGCUAUUUUGCGACCCUCCCUUUUUACACGUUUGACACCAACAAUCACCGUUCCUAUCCCAUGUCUGCGUUUUCUGGGAUAUGUGAAAUCAUAUUUCUCAAUCCUCUCGUCAUCACUAGUGUUUUGGUGUCUGUCUGUUUUCUUGGUUUUUGUUUGUUGCCAUACCUUUGUUCUUACUUUCUGUCUGUCUUCGGAUGGUCAUUCCUCAAUUUGAUGUGAUGAUUUGGUAUUUUGUCCUUCUUCCCUGGUUGGCCACCAAGUAUAUUUUGAUGCCUCUUUUUGAUCAGAUUAUAUGUAAGCUCGAAUUUUGUGUGAAACAGAGCUACCGUGC